AUGUCGUACAAGAAGAUACCGAAUACUCAGUUUUCUCAACUGGGCAUUAUCCUGUAUUGCAUCCAAGCCGCUUUAUUACCUCCAAUGGUCGGUAUUAUACCGGUGCUGAUAUUUUGCGCCCUACCUGCCAUCUGCGUGGCUCUUGGGUUUAUUACACUGUUCUGGUAUGUAUGGGCGUCGGUCCCUGAAAAAGGUCUUAACAAAACUGUCGCCGACAUCAUUGUAGUCUUAAUCGGAUGCUUCUGCUUCCUUCUUGCAAGCAACUUGAGGCUCGGGCGACUGGCGCCCCUAAUGAUGAUCGCAUACUACGCUCUAGUUUAUUCCACUGAAUACGGAAGCAUACAGACUAAAACGGUAGUGGAACAUGGCGUAGAGGCCCAUAUUGGGCCCAUUGAUCUAAUGUCUGCCCUACCCUCUUGGGUCAUGACAAUUGUACCUGCGUAUUUAAUCCUUCUCCUCUCCAAUUAUCAGAUAAAUCUUGAUGAGCCCCUUACUGCAGGCCUUCUUGGCCCGUUCGCUAACGAACCUGGAUUCAAACAUCUCAUCGGUGUCCCGUUGAAACUUAGUGGCGCUAUCAGCAAAGGCAUUAGCGCAAGCAUACCAGGCGGGUACCACAUUCUGAGAUUUGUAUGGGAAACAAGACAUGCCUUCGGACUCCUUUGGGGCGUUAUUGUCUAUGCGUGGAUCGCACUUGGGUUUUAUGCUGCCUCGCUUCUCAUCCCUCCGGUUAGGACCGGUACUGGGUUCUUCAAGCAGUCCCUAGCAUCCUGCCACAGUAUAAUCGCGGCUAAUCUUAUAGACUGGUUAAAGCGGGGACAAACUAACCGCCAAGCCCCCCGCGCACACACGUGUGCUGGGGGCGCGGGGGAAUUUGUUCGAGACCUCGAUUACCAGACACCACCAAACUUGGUACGUCUGUCCAAUCCUAAGGGCCAGCAGAAGCUGGGCGGGUCAGAUGUAAGCGCGUAUCACAACGAGGAGGAUUCUCACCUGGCGGGAACUGUCGUACUGCCACCUGGUAGAAUAAGAAGAAAGGGAACAGUAUUUGCCCCGUCCCCACGAGGACUACAAGGGGUGGACGGAGACUUUGACCCUUAUCAGGGUUAUACCAUUUCACGGCAUUCUUCUAUGGCUGGUACUGUCAUCAACAGAAACGUUCUGAGUCUGAUAGAGAAGUAUCCCUCUUAUAAUCGUCGAUUGGAUUUGCUAUUACAGUCCCUUCAGAGCAGCAACUCGACGAUGUUAAUAUCGGUGUUUGAGACCCCGUUAUUUGCGUACCAGGGAACGAACAUAGUAUCGGAAAGGAUGAAAAUUGUAAAACUGAUUGAGCGCAUUGGUACCAAUCUGUGUUGUCUGCAGUAUUACAGCACGUACUUGGAAAUGAAGCACAACGGAUACCACGAUGCCUUGGAUAAGACUAGCUUGGACCAGAGGUGGUUUGCCGCAUUGGAAGCUCUCACGCCGGAUGAGGACAAGCAGCUGGAGACCGACGAAUGGGGUCACCGUAUCCGCAGGACGAAUGACCCAUUAAGCAAGCACACAUGGGUGGAUAUCACCAUCGUCGACGGCCAGAGCAGUUCUGGAGCCGAAGACUGUGUGGAUCUGAAAAGCGGGCGUAUCAGUUCUGGGUCAGGGUCAGCUGCCACUGGGGUGAAGAGCCGAACCUCCCUCAUGACCCGCAGUUCUGUUGAUAACACUGGCGAAGGCGCAUUCCCGGAGUAUUCUGCUACGGAAGGGGCAGCCCCCCAGGUCGAGACUGCAGAAGUUUCAGCAUCCAUCGAAAGCGAAGACGCGGACCCCCCUCGCAUGAGUCGCAUGAUAGACGCGCGUCAGAGCACACUCCGUCGAAGCACAUAUGGCCUGAGCAGCGACGGUCGUAGUACUGAACGCCGGAGCAGUCUUACAGAAAGGGGCUCGCGUGGGAGUCAUUUGCUGCCUUCAAGGUCGUCUACCGCCAAGACACUGGCCCCUGGUUUGUCUACUGCUUUGUCUUCUGGCAUGUCUUCGGAAGCGCCUAUAGACGACAUACUGACGCAGAUGGAAGCCACCAGAAACGACAUUAAGGGUACUGAGGACGCUGGGGCCAAGCCUAGUGGAUUGCUUGAGGAACCCGGGGAAGCCCGGAAGCAUGUUCAGGUCAAGGAACCUGGCGGGGGUGGAGAGAGUGACGGGGAAGAGAAGGUCGGAGGCGGGAAGGACAAGGGAGGGUACAAGGGGGCUGGACGGCGAAGCCGUAGUCAGUCUCAGUCGUACCGGCUCGUUGAUCUGGUCCACAGCCGCAGUCCGGAGGCAGUAGGGUUGUGCCCUCCUGCGCCCGAUGUGCCUGUAUUGGAAAAGGACGCAACAAUCGGUGAAGUGCUUCGUCGGAGCUUAUUAUCGGUGUACCAAGCCCUCCGGGUGAGUGAGUUGUGUACCUUGGAGGCUACAAGGUUUGGGAUGAACAGUUUGUACCAGGAGCGUGCUGCUCUGGCCGCGCAGGUGAGGAAUUGUGAAGUUGUAUUAGGACGCCUAAAGGACAUGUCUGGACAAAUUUUCUCGUCUACAGCCACCUUGGUUUCCUUCCAUGCAAACUGCUUGCUGGAGCCGGCAGACGAGCUGCUCAGAUUGCAAAGAGACGCCUACGUUCACCUGCACCGGCCCACUUGGAAGCGAGUCCUUAUCACUCUGGGCACCAUGGUAGCGGGCCUGCCGCUCUUCCUGUACAGUCUAGUGGCGCCCUGGAUCCGGUUCGCCAAGGGAUGUGGUCGAGUCUUCCAGCGGCGCGUUCUGGGCGUCAAGACCAAGGGGAACCCAUGGGAAGAGCUCAUCACAAAGACCGCGACUAUAGAGUUAAGUGGUGAGCGAACUUUGAGUGUGUCGGUGGGCCCUGCAGUGCGGGACGGGUUCCGGAAGGAGGGGAAUGAAUGGAACUUGUGUUUGAAUUCCCGGCAUCAGCGUAUAAGUUUGGCGCACAACCCGGACGUAUGGUUUGCGUUACGUUUGGCAUUGGGUAAUAGUGCGUUGUUUGCGAUUGGUGUGUCUCUAGAGCGUUGGCGUACGUGGAAUUUGACGGGGCAUCAUCGUGGUGGCAUGCUAUCAUCGAUGGUAGACAUGGAGAAGUUAAUGACGACCAAGUAUGCGGGGUGGGCCUGUGUAGGUUUCCUGACGACGGUGACGGAGACGCCAGUAGGUUGUGCGAAACGAGCUAUGUUACGGGCAUCGGGUGUAGUGUUGGGUACCGUGAGCGCAUAUUUAUGUUUGCUGUGCAGUGUGAGAGCUUGGUGGGCGCAUGCGUUGUGGUUGACUGUGACAGGAUUUGUGGCAGUUUGGAUUGGUGCACACCCGGGAAAUCCAGCUGUGGGAUUCGAUCCGUCUUGGGGCUACGUGACGCAGUUGUUUAUUUACCAGCAGAUCAUUAUUCUGGCGAUUACUGCCAUCGACGAAUUUGAUCGAACGGAGUUGAUGGUGGAGAGAUUUGUCGCACAACUCGUGGGCAUCGGAACGGCGGUGUUGGUGACGUGGGCGGUGGUGCCAACCUUUUGCGUAAGGCAUCUUAGACAUGAGGCUUGUGUGGCACUGGAAAAUUUUCAAAGUGGACUCGAAGCCAUCCUAGAGCUCUCGAUGCCAGCUCUUAAGCCAGUGACGCAUGAAGCACCGGCAUCUAGGAUCCCGGUAACAGAGCGUGAAGCCGAAACCAUGAUCAAGAUCCGAGCCUCUGUCCAAGCCAGCCGUCCGGUCCAGUCACAGGCGGCCCUAUUAGAACCACCACCUGACUGUGAAGCACGAACAGACGUAGAAACUUGGCGCAAGUUUGAGGAACAACGACACGCUCGUGCGUUUGAUGCAGUCGCUGUCGGUCGACGACUCAUCGCCGACCGAGAGGUCCUGCACCGCCUCUGGCCUGUAAGUGCUGGCAUUUACGGCCUCCUCGAGGCCCUGGAAAGACGCGUGGCCGUGCGCAAGUCCUGGCUCUGUGAACUUAAACGGCUCGAUCUUAAUAUCGGACGUACCCUCUCUGACUCACCGGAAGCGAUGAGCGCCGAACAGGACCGCCGCAAGCUAUACACGGAAAUUAUCACCGACAUGCGCUGCCUAACCGCACUCCUCUGCGCCGCCAUACGCAGACCGGGUCGGAAAGGUCGGAAGGGACAAGCUGAGAAGGGACAAGCUGGGAAGGAGCCAGUCGAAAAGAGAAAAAGACAUAAACGACAGGCCGACAAGGGACAGACCGGGUGCCUCUUCCCCAAGCUCACGCCCUUCAACAAGGAAACCUACUGCGCCUGUUACACUGAACUCGCGAACAGAGUGUUACGAAACGUCGUCGCUCUCAACAGACUAGACAAGGCCGGACCCGAAGUGGAAUGGGACGCAAGAACCCUAUUCAACCUCUACCUCCUCGUCGAAAUGGUGGAAAUCGACCGCGUCGCGAAGAUCGUCGAAGACGAGUUUGUCGGCUUGGAUAAGGAUGGCGACGAGGAGAAAGAGGAGGAGGAAGAGGAGGAGGAAGAGGAGGAAGAAGAGGAGGAGGAAGCGGCGGAAGAUGAGAAGGCGCCUUGA